UGAUUACUCGCCGGCGCUCGGUGAUUGCCGAGGAUCUCCGAUGGGGAGGAGAAGUGUUAGUAAACAAAGCAGUUCUCCUCCCUGUCAGCUCCUGCACACUAGCUCCUGCACACUGCUUUGCAUGGCUGUGCACAGUGUACUUACAGUGAAGCACAGACACAGAACUUGGUGUAAAACAGCACACAGUUAACCCUUUGAUCUCACCACAUGUUAACCUCUUCUUGCCCAGUGUCAUUAGUACAGUGUCAGUGCUUUUUCUUAGCACUGAUCACUGUAUUGGUGUCACUGGGGAUGUCAGUUACACCAAGUCAGUUCCCUCCAGUGUCAGAAUGCCCACCACAGUCCUGCAAUAAGUCGCUG